AGGAGUUUAGAGUUAGGGCUCAUGAGAUGGACCCUCUCGAGAAUUUUGUGGCGCGAAAACGCGUCUGGCGAAACUUCUACCAAGACUUGCCCUUGAGAAAGUUGCGGCAUCUGGGCUCUGCAACAAACGUCAAAAUAUCAUCAAAGAUUUGUUUAGAUUUAUAUGAAAACCACCAAACGUUUACUUACUCGUACCAAUCAAGCCCCCGUGCAAAUUUGCUGUCGCUCUCGAAAAAGCCAGUCGACUGAUUCACCGUUUUGAUGCUCGGGUGCUCUCCUAAAAGUUUCAAAAGCAACUCAUAGCCGCCGUCGCGGACGCCAAUUGCCACCACUUGAGGAAGAUUCCUCUGCAAGUGCGACGCCGAAUUUUCAUCAGGGGACAGCUCUUUGUUGUUUCUGCUCUUGGCUUGGGCAAUUUCGCUCGCGUUUCCAUUCCACGGGUCAUAUCUCGGGAUUAGCUCGCGUCGUUUGGCGCAGCGUUCGUGGUCGUAGAGCACCAAAAGGGACACGAGGAGCAGAACACAGGUCACGAUAAGGAGACACAAAAGUCUCGGGAACUUUGGCUUCUUUUCCGGAAACCAGAGGCUGGAGCCGACGUCCUCUUUGCCACUUUUUGACUCCAUGACUGCUAAGUCGAAAUAAUCAAACAAGCGCGAUCUUGUUAGAAAACAAGUAUAAUCAAACAUUUCGCAAAGGAUUGUUUAUUUUUUAAAUGGCACGUGCGUUUGCUAGUUAAUUUAACUAAAUAAUCGUGAAAAUUAUCUGUUUGGUAAUUUUUACAAACAGUUUUUGACACUUUGGCAGGCACGGUUGCGUUUUAUUAAUCACGUGCAAACAGCUGCGUAUUCACUUUCCACAAGUCUUAAAAAAGGACGUAAAUAAAUUUUAAGGCUGAAUCAAUUUGAGAACAUAAUUAUGAAUUUUAUUUAUUGCACAUUGAUUCAUAUCAUUUCCAGCCAAAAUUAAUGCCUGCCAUUUUGUAAAACUCUUCGUUGAAAGGCUUGUAAAAUUCUUUAAGUUUUGCAAGCACUUUUUGGUCCACAUCAGGAUGUUCCCUCCCUUUAGCCUCGUGCAUACACUUAUUUCUGGUCAUCUGGAAGUUCUUCGAGCACAUGAAUCCCCUUUCUUCAUUGAAGAAAAAGUGUUCCUUUGUGAUCAAUGGCUCGAGUCCGAGGAAAUCCUCCACUUGCUCCACUACCAUCAGAGGGUCUUCGAUUAAUAUUUCCCCCGAGACGACCAGAAUCUGUUCUCGAGGGAAUACUUUCAGCCACCUUUGGAGAUUUUGCGCGUACAUUCCCACUUUGAUUGGGGCCCACUCGGUGUUCACUUUGCCAGUCGCAUUGUCAAUCGCCAGUGACUCAAAAGGCGGCAAAUCCGAGUCAUGAGCAUGAUGGGCACUAAAAUUGAAUUAAUUGUAAUUUUUUUUAACAUAAUGCGAAAUGUGUUCUCAAAUUUUUUGGUUGUUGAAAAUUUAACUCACAAUCUAAUGUGGACGUAGUCAGAAAUCGCCCUUUGCACAGGGUCACGCACAAUCAAGAUAAGUUUGAUGGUGGAGUUCAUUUCAUGGAUUCGCAAAGGAGCAGGUUUGGAAACAAAGUAUUUGGGUGAUUUUUCAAUUGUAAUUUGAUUUGGUUUUGACAAGGGUAACUGAGACCUACAAUAUAAAAUUCAAGGAUUAAUUUUUUCUGGUGUACUUUCAAGGUUGGGGUAAAUUUCGGAACCCUCUGUAAUUUGAAAAUUUUGCAAUUUACCUGUACCAACCGUAGCCUCGUACAUAAGUUUCGUUGUUGUCGAAAAAAUGAAUUUCUGUAUGACUUAUACGGAUCCUGGGAUGAAUGUUAAUGAAUUCAAUGAGAGCAGCGGUCCCGCACUUUUUGGCACCAAUGAUCAAAGCUUUUGGUAAACGUUGCGUCAGGUUUCCACCGAAAUCGUAUUCCUCAGAGCUGAAGAGAAAUAGAUUUACUAAAAAGAUAUAUUUUAAACGAAAAAUCUUGACAGGUAUACUUGUCUUUGUCCAAAAUAUAGAUGAUGCGCCUCUUUUUCAGUUUCUGCUCUUCAUUGUUUUCCGUCACAGUGAGAAAUAAGCACCCAAUUAAACUGAAAGCAACUAGAAGCGCGAAAUAGUGAAAUUUUACGCUCUGUCUGAUUUCUUGCUGCAUUGUUCUAAUGGUCACUUGCUAUCACUGACUCGAACAAAAUUUGCACCUCGUAUUAUUUGAUUACGUCGGCACUUUUUCGUUUUAAAUGUUAUUCAUGUUUGUGUCUAACAAAAUUAAUUAUUUAGAAAUGUUGAGAAUGAGUCACACUUUAAAUAUGCAAGAAGUUCUUCUGGCGAAAGAAUGGGCUAAAAUGGUCAAGAGACCGGCAAAGAAAAAACCAGUAGAAAACCCAGCCGAGGCAAUGGAAAAAUGGGAUUUGCUUGCCCACGGGCGUCAAUUUUGCUCCAGCACCUCUCUGCACGGCGUCCAGUAUUUUGGGGAGCCAAAGCGACACAUCAUUGAAAGACUUUUCUGGCUCGGUGCUUUUACACUAGCGGUGGUGACCGCGGCAUUCUUGAUACAUGACCUUUAUCACAUGUGGGACACCAAUCCAGUGAUUGUCUCUUUUUCGGCCUCCUCAACGCCUAUCACGUCCAUUCCAUUUCCAGCAAUAACCGUUUGCAACAUGAACAACGCAAGGCGAUCUGUGGCAGAAUCAAUUCUUUCUCAAACCGCUGAUCACUCGACUGUCAACAUCGAAAGGGUCCUUCUGAAUGAUGUAUGCAAUAUGAGCUUAGGUUCUGAAGAUCCAAAAAGAAAAAAUCCAAAAAUAUCUCCUCAGUGGGACGACUUCAGAGAUUUCAUGAUUAAAGUUAACGAGCCGUGCCACGAACUUCUGCUGACUUGUCAGUGGUCAGGCGAAUCUUUUUCUUGCUCCGAUCUUUUCAACUCGGCGCUAACAGACGAAGGGUUGUGCUGCGUCUUCAACAGGGUGCCUCGCAAUCUUCUUUUCAGAAACCCUGAUGACCUUCCUGACUUGAACAUAACAUUUCCAUUUCCCGCCUUUGAUUGGAAUCCCGAAAAGCAGUACCCGCCAAAUGUGACGGCCAAAACAUUGCCCUGGCGACCUGAGGGUGCUGGGAAGCACCUUGGUCUGACCAUCAUGCUUGACUUGGAGCUGCACGAAUAUUUCUGUUCCUCCACAGCCUCUGCUGGUUUGAAAAUGCUCCUCCACAACCCCGUUGAGUCACCGAAAAUGUCAAGUUUCGGGACAGCCGUCUCUCCCGGGAAAGAAAAUUUUGUAGUGAUUCGGCCUGAGCUGACUCGGUCAACAAGCAAAAUUGAGCCGACCGGAGUCAACAAAAGGCACUGCUUCUUUUUGCACGAGCGAUCCCUUCGCUUCUACCGCACUUACACCAAGCACAAUUGCGCCAUGGAGUGCGAGGCAAAUUACACGCUGGCCAAGUGCGGUUGCGUCGAGUACUUCAUGCCAAAGGACAAGAAUUCACGGAUUUGCGGUAGAGACGAUGACGAGUGCGCAAUUGCUGCUAGCGCCGAAGUGGAGCUGCAUUUAUUCGACGAGGAAAACAAGUCCAAGAAUAAGCAGGGUGGCAACGCAAAUCCAAGCUGUCACUGCUUGCCAGGGUGUCAUGAGCUCACUUACAGCGCUGAAACCUCCAGCUCGAUCCUUGUAGACGUUUUCCCUGGCAACGAGAAAUACGUCGCCAAAGGCGAAAAACCGCGAAUCGACAAUAUUACCUACUUCAAGGACAACGUUGUGAUAAUGCACUUUUUCUUCAUGGACAUGCAAGUGCUAAGUUACGAGAAAGACGAGCGGACCAAUUUCGUCAAUUUCUUGGCGAGCACCGGUGGGCUGCUCGGCUUGUUCCAUGGGUUCAGCGUCCUGAGUGCUGUUGAAGUGCUGUACUUUCUCACCAUUCGGCUGAUUUGCUCAUGGCGGAAAAAUAAUAACCGCGUCGCCGGGAAAGUAGGAAAGCGUGUUGCACCUCCGCCGACGCUGCCUUACUUUCCUUGAUGGGCUUGAAGAAUUUUCCAGGGACAUGAAAUAUGAUCCCAUAAUUUAGUGCGGCGGAUAAAAUAUAACUUCACUCCCACGCUUUGGGUUUUGUUUAAUAACGUAAUAAGAUAUUAUACACGUAGUUUAUGAACAAUGGGCAAUUACUAGUUGAUGUUAACCAAACCAUUCCUUUGUGGGCAAAGCAACGUUGAAUUGUUACUGUUCAAUUAAAUAAUCGUGUUAAUUGGUGUUGUCUCUACCAUAAAAGGGUGCGUGACUUAUUAGUGCAUUGGAUCCUUCAGAGUUGUGAAGGUGCAUUGCAUUCAAUUAUCAGGUGCAUGAACAUAAAAUGAAUCACCCGUUUACGCUCUAGCUUUAUCAGAAUACAAAUCACAUUAUUGUUUGUAUUGAACCCACACAUCAUUCGACUGUUGCUGAAAUUUAUUUGCUUAAUAAAUAGAAUUGAAUGAAAUAUUUCUAUUUAUUAACACAGCCCAAGGUUUUAGAGGAAUUUAUUUAUAUUUGUAUAGUGUAACGAGCCUGGAGCAAUACUGCCUUCGCCUUUCCCAUCAUUUAACGUGACUCAAAGCCAUAAAAAGCGUCUAUGGAUUAUUUAUAAAUCGGUUUGCAACACUUUAUUGGUCGCGUGUAAUUAAUUCAAAAUGCAGCCAGUCGCGAUGUAAUGUUAUCCUCUCUCUUUCUUGCAGUGCUUCAUUAUUAUCAUUUGUCCGCUCUCUGAAAGGCAGUUGGAUUGACGUCAUUAACGCGGCGUGUAGAAGCCGAAAUGAAAAAAAUCGAGAGUUGUGAAAUGUCAACGCGUGGUCAGCAAUUGGAAAAAGGAAAAAUAAAACGCUGCAAAGCCGCGCGGCCUCAUCAAAGCUCUUGCGCCGUGACUCGCUUAUUCAAGUGCACAUAAAUACUUUUCAAUGCGAGCAAAACCAGGUCCGUCCUUAAAAGGAACCAUUGAAUUUGCGUCAGCAGCACGCAUGAGAGUCCACCUCGUAAAUCACGAUUAACGGCAGUGUAAAUAGAACACGAUAUGGAAUGUCAAUAUAACAUUGAAUCGUCACUCGCCCACGCCGUCAUGCACAUUGAGCACCACGCGUGCACCAUGAAAGGAGGGGAUUUUAGAGGGGCGUUGUUCCAAAACACUGGCGAUCUUCAUGGAGAACCUGUUGUUGGAGAACAAGAUCAAAGACUGAAAAUAUAAUUAAAAUCGGACUGAAAAAUUUUCAUAAAGGCGGCCCUCAGUAUGCGCCAACGCCGAGUAGGAAACAUGCCUGACGUGAAGGUCCUCGCGGGCACCAACAAGAAGCCCGCUUCGAAGGCUUCGAAGGCAAAACAAAUAGGGUUCAAUUUGCUGGAAAGCUGCUGCC